CUCGUUCUGUAAAACAAAUGUAAAAAAUAACUAAAAAAUCUGUUUGUUUUCAUGUGUAACAAAAAACGUGUGUGUGCAUGUGAAACUUUCUGUUUCUUUUAAACAAAACCCUUAUGUGUUAAAAAGAGCACGUUUCAGGUUGAGUGCUCAUGCAUUGGCUUUACUGGUGGGGGUUCCUAAAACAAAAAAGCUUGGGAAACACUUGUGUAGGAGGCACUUUGUUUGCUUUAUUUCAGGACCCCACCUACACCUGCCCUUCUCUGAGAGGAAAUGGUUUAGUGUACAGAUGAAUGACGACUCAGAGGCUUUUAUUGUUGGAUUUAGCUGAUGCUGCUGGCUAUACUGUCAGUAUUGUUUUGCCUCGAAGCGAUGUCUCUUGUCAGCGUAACUCAAGCCAAGACCCAUUCAGCAGUGUGCAGCAACACACCUCAGUUACAAUGUGCCCCCCUUUCUAUGACAGGACGUGAUGAAUGGGGAGUGGAGGGCCAUUUUCUUCCUUCCCACUUCAAGUUACGGCAGUUCAAAACAAACAGGGCUCCUACUACAGGCUUCCGGAAUAACUUAGCUCCCCCUGCAUUCUCCAAAUCUGACAGGAUUCCCUCAGCAGGCAUUGUGCUCCUCUUCCUUUUAUCUUUUCUGCUCGGUGCGGUUCAACCGUUUAUGAUUAAGCGUGACAUCGAUGUGUGCCAACUUCAUCUCACCAGAAGAGGGCUCAGUUUUGUACCUGAUUUAUCAAAGUUCUCAAUGCUGAGAUGUGUGUGGCUUAACAAUAACAAGAUCAGAGACAUCUGCAGAAAUUCAUUUAACUGUUGCCUGACUGAACUCUAUCUGCAAAACAAUGAUAUCAUCUCUAUAUCAGGAGCGCUUAGACACCUGACCUGUCUGCGUGUCUUGCUCCUCCACAAUAAUCAGAUAAAGUGUUUGGACGAGACUGUCGAAGAGCUAAAGAACAUGCAGGACCUUCAUACUCUCUCUUUAUAUCUGAACCCCUUCACACAAUAUCCUGAAUAUCGCCAAUAUGUGCUCUAUCAUUUACCAUCUGUGCAGUUGUUAGACAGAAAAGAGGUGAAGCUGGAGGAGAGAAAGGAGGCAUUUAAGAUAUUUAGCACAGAAAGACGGAGGGUGCUGGAUUCAAUUGCCUUUGGCAGGCGAGCACUACCGCCCCCUGCAGGAAGCAAAAACAAUAACGUCAAGAAACCAGCAAGUCAACAUGGUGCAAGGAACAGGUGUACAACUUGCUCUUCUGAUAGCACAGAAAAGCCAUCAACGAUCACACCGACUCAAAAGUCCAUCGUACAGGUCAGGAUUAUAGAUUGGAGUGGAACCAAAAUGGCACAGUGGAACCAAGUAAAGCCUCGAUCGAACCGGCAGCUGACAUACUAACUGUCAAACUCAGACGAGAUCCAGAACCCCGCGGUCGGUUUCACCAUCACUCUUGCGUGCACAACGGACACCUUUGUCUAACCGCUAAUUUGACAAGGCCAGCGAGUUGAAAAACAGCAGACGCCUCUCACGCCGUCAUUUGGAUGUCAAUAAACAUUCUCGAGACUA